GAAAUUUGAUGAGUUUUGCCGCGUUACAGAUUGGCAUGGGCCAGAUCAGUUCACAAAUUGUGAGAAAAAAUAAAUGAUAAAGUAAAGGUCUACUGGGUAUUAAGCAUUUAUAUAUAGAUGUCCAAAUUUGCCAUCCUCAUGGAGUGUGAGACUCUUUCUACUUAAAGAGUGCCUGACCUGAUAUUUUGGUGGAGGAGGCAAAGACAAAAUAGCCCUGGCUACUUGCAGUACUUGGGUUUUCCUUUGAGGCAGAGGCACAAUCAUAUAAUCCAGACAUAGCAAGAAGUGAAGGCCUGCCAUAGAUGUAAGUUCACAGAUAAUUCUUAUCUCUCUGUGUUUUAGAGGGCAUUGGGUGUAUGCAUCUUGUAGGUAUACCAGUAACAGAGGAAAGUGGAGAACUGUUCUCUUUACAGCUGUUGCCAUCUAGAAUCUUGGCUAACUUGCUCUACAAGGAUAGAAUAACUUUAUUCAUUUGGGAUCAUGCAUUUGCUGUUUUCUUGAUUUAUGAUGAGAACUCUCUGAGUGUAGUUUAUAGAAAUUGGGAGCACCUUGAAACAUGGCAUUUUUUAAUAGGAUUACACAGAACUCAUCCAUUCUACUGUGAAAAGAAGUAGGGAGGUCAAGAUUUGGAGCAUAGAGUUCAAUGGGUUCCUUGUGGCGUUCCAUUGCACAUGUGUAUUUCAUAAUAGCAUUCAUCAGUUCCUCUGCUCUAGCAGAAGAUCCCUAUAAAUUCUUUACCUGGAAUAUUACAUAUGGUACCAUAUGGCCUCUUGGUGUUCCUCAGCAGGGAAUUCUGAUCAAUGGUCAGUUUCCUGGACCUGAUAUUGAUAGUACGACAAAUGACAACAUUAUUAUUAAUGUAUUUAAUAGCUUGGACCAAAAAUUCCUAUUGUCAUGGAGUGGGAUACAGCAGAGAAGAAACUCCUGGCAAGAUGGAGUUUUUGGAACCAAUUGUCCCAUUCCACCUGGGAAAAACUUCACAUACAAGUUCCAGGUGAAGGAUCAGAUAGGAAGCUAUUUCUAUUUCCCGUCAAUGUACUACCAUAAGGCAGCAGGAGGCUUCGGAGGCCUUAAAGUUGUUAGCAGGCCCCUGAUCCCUGUGCCUUUCCCUGCUCCUGAUGGUGAUGUCACUCUGCUGAUAGGCGACUGGUACAAGAGAAAUCAUACUAUCCUUCGGAGAACUCUCGACUUCGGGAAAUCUCUGGGUGCUCCUGAUGCUGUUCUCAUCAAUGGCCGAGGACCAGAUGGUUAUGCAUUGACAGUGGAGCAAGGAAAAACCUAUCGUCUUCGCAUUUCAAAUGUGGGAUUGUCAUCCUCUCUGAACUUCAGGAUUGAGGGGCACAAAAUGAAGCUUGUUGAAGUGGAGGGCUCUCACACUGUCCAAAAUAUCUAUGAUUCUCUUGAUAUACAUGUUGGUCAGAGCUACUCUGUUCUGGUGACUGCGGAUCAGCCACCUCAGGACUACUACCUCGUUGCAUCUACUCGAUUCACUAGUCCUAUUCUCACGGGUUAUGGAGUCUUCCGCUACAGCAAUUCUCAGAAGGCUGUUUCUGGAUCUAUUCCGGGAGGUCCAACCAUUCAGGUUGACUGGUCUCUUAACCAGGCAAGAUCCAUCAGAUGGAACCUGACAGCCAGUGCAGCUCGUCCUAAUCCCCAAGGAUCAUACCAUUAUGGGAACAUUACCAUUACUCGAACCCUGAAGCUCGCAAGUUCUUCCGCCAUAAUCAAUGGGAAACAGCGUUAUGCAAUGAAUGGUGUUUCUUUCCAGCGUCCCGACACACCAUUGAAGCUUGCAGAUUACUAUGAUAUUGGUGGAGUGUUCGCCGUGGGUGGUAUUCCUGACAGUCCUGAUGGUAGAUCUGCUUAUCUCCAGACUGCUGUGAUCGAUGGAGAGUACAGAGCUUUCAUUGAGAUUGUCUUCCAGAACUACGAAGACACCAUACAGUCAUGGCAUUUGGAUGGGUAUUCCUUUUUUGUAGCAGGAAUGGAUGGAGGAGAAUGGACACAAUCAAGCAGAGCGAGCUACAAUCUGUUCGAUGCAGUUUCUCGCUGCACAACACAGGUAUAUCCAAAGUCAUGGACUGCUGUUCUUCUAACAUUAGAUAACGCGGGAAUGUGGAACCUAAGGUCAGAAACAUGGGAAAGGCAGUACCUGGGCCAGCAAACGUACCUGAGAGUGAAAUCUCCAGUAAAAUCACUGAGAGAUGAAUAUGACAUUCCUCAUAAUGCUCUGCUCUGUGGCGCAGCCAGGGGCCGUCCCCGUACGCCCCAACCAUAAAUCCAUCCAUUAUUCCAUUACAAUUCUUUCAUUCGCCAUGGAUGCUUCUCUGGUACAGUCACAACAGGGUACAGUCACAACAGGGUGACUGAUUAGUCAUUAAUUCUCAUUACUGCAAUGUCUCUCCAUUGUAGCCGCAAUUUUAAAUUUUCGGCCCUUAUAAAUAAGCGAAGAGCUUCCUGCAGCAAUGGAAGCCUUCUGUUCUAGUUUGAAUUUAAUUAUUCGAAUAUUUAUAAAUUUUUAUUAUUUUCGGUACCGCCUAAUUAAUUUCAUCUUUUUUUA